UCAGUCCAUAAUGCAUCUCCUCAUAGUUUUCACUUUGCUCUUCUUCCCACGAAUCCCAGCAAGUUCUUACGCGACGGACACCAUCUUGGCUGGCCAAGCACUUGCCGUCAAUGACAAGCUCAUCUCCAAAAAUGGCAGAUUUUGGGAUGGCAAAGCUUUUAGGAAGGAAUUUUAGCCGAGUCGUAACUACAAUGAGAGGAACUGCAGGGUACCUUGCACCUGAAUGGAUUGCGGGUGUUGCUACACCAAAAGUUGAUGUUUACAGCUACGGGAUGGUGUUGCUGGAAAUAAUAUCAGGAAAGAGGAACUCAAACGCAUCAUGUUCUAGUGGUGGCGACCUUGAUAUUUAUUUCCCUGUGCAUGCUGCACGCAAACUUCUUGAAGGAGACAUGCGGAGUUUGGUAGAUCAAAGGUUACAUGGUGAUGUCAAUCUGGAUGAGGCUGAACUGGCCUGCAAGGUUGCAUGUUGGUGCAUCCAAGAUGAUGAUCUUGAUCGACCAACAAUGGGACAGGUAGUUCAGAUUCUCGAGGGGCUAGUCGAGAUCAGGAUGCCCCCGAUACCACGACUGCUUCAAGCUAUGGCCGGAACCUCGCAUUCAGUGUGCUCCUAAUAUAGCAGAUGUUAGAUUUAAGACUAAUAUAGUGUACUUCCCUAUUCAAAUGUAAUAGCUAUGAUUGGAUAAAUAGUUGUAUUUUUUUAUAAAUUUGUAACGAUUUUAAUGUAUCAUCGUUCUAUCGUUAUAAUCUGGAGUCAUAAAUAGUAUUUCUCCUUUUGGUGGAGCCAGAAAAGCUAA